AGGGCCCACACCUCUGUGCUAAAGGGUCACAUAAACUACACUUCCACAGAGAGGCUCCAAAAUAGUUACUCCUCAUCAUUUAUUCUUCUAACUCAUCAAAGACAGAGAGAGUAUUAGUAACAGGAGAGCAGCUGGGAGGUUGCCGUUAAGAGAUCAGCCAUGCUUGGAGGCAUCCUCAAAGAUUUGUUGGUCACAGUGACUCUACUUCUUCUAACUCAGACAUGGACUCAGUGCAGGGCUGAAAUUGACUUUCCAUUAGUUACUUUACCUGAUUGGAAGAAAAAUUCAGAGUACUUUACACAAUGUUCCUACGACGGACAUAACAAUCAGAUUUGCGACUGGACCCAACAAAGAACAGAGUAUGUGACUAUUUUAGAGAGCGGUCCACUGGUGCUGAAGGGUGAAGCCUGUCUAGAGUUUUGGUACUUAGCCCCUGCUGCAGCCUAUGGGAUAACACUCCGCACCCUGCUGAAGAGCAGCACGGGCCUGAGAGAAAUCUGGACCUCACCUGUCCUCCCCAGGGAUUCCUGGAGACAAGUGUUUGUCCCCUUGAACAUCAUCGAACCAGGGACUCGGGUUGUAAUCGAAGCAGUUUCCACCGAGGGACAGUUCGCAUUUAACCGUCUAGGUGUAAGAAGAGGCUCUUGUGGACAACAGUGUGAGUCUAACACAGAGUUUUGGACAGAUGAGUCCACCCGCUGCCUCUGUUCUGGGGGCCAGCUCUCCUGCUCUCACACUCAGUGCCCUAAGGGCCAAAUCUGCGGUCCUCAAAUAGAAAGCUCCGUUGGGAUUCCCGCCUCUGGGAUAUGCACUAUACACAGUCACACAGACUGCAGCACUUUUGAUGGAGUGCUCUUCCGCUUCAUGGCCUCCUGCACCUACACGCUGGCUAAGACCUGCUCACCCUCUGAGACUCUGCCAUUGUUCAGUGUGGAAGUAGUGAAUGAGCACAAGAGGAACUCAUCGCUGCCAACUGUUCAGGAGGUUAUUGUGGAAAUUGGGAACUUCACAGUGUCCCUGCUGAAAAGGCAAACACACCGCAUUGUGGUUAAUGGUGUCUGGAAAAAGCUUCCACUGAGACUUAACAAUGGAUCUGUCAAAGUCAAGAGCAAUCCCGUUGCUGUUGAACUGGAAACCAGUUUUGGUCUCUCCGUCUCAUAUGACAACAGUGGUGCUGUCCAAGUCACUCUGCCAUCCACUUACUCUGACCAAGUCUGUGGCUUGUGUGGAAACUAUAACCACCUGAGAGAAGAUGACUUCAGAAAGCCAGAUGGAACAAAUGCCCAUGAUGCUACAGCUUUGGCUGAGAGCUGGCGGACUGGGCAAAGCACCUCCUCCUGUGAUACCAUUCUAGUACCACAUCAGUGUGACCCACUAGAGGAGGCUGAGUAUGCCAGUGAGCUUUAUUGUGGAGGCCUCCUCUCUAGCACCGGGCCCUUUGCUGGCUGCCUAUCAGUUCUGGGGGCAGAGAGCUACUUCAGGGCCUGUGUGGUCGGCAUGUGUUCCACCCACGGUGACACAGCAGUACUAUGUGAGACAUUCCAGAUUUACAGUGAUAUCUGCCAGGAGGCUGGAGUCAACAUUCCUAUAUUGAGGAACUCUACACUCUGCCCCCUUCAGUGUGGUGAAAACAGCCAUUAUAACUCAUGUGCUGAUGGCUGUCCCGAGAUGUGCUCCAGUUUGGAUGUAGUUGGCUCUUGCGGAAGCUGUGAGGAAAGAUGCGAGUGUGACUCUGGCUUUAAACUCAGUAGGGGAAAGUGUGUCGCAGCAGAGGACUGUGGGUGCUGGUAUAAUGGAAAACACUAUGAGAAAGAAGCAACGUUCUCGAAAGGAGAGUGUGAGCAGCAGUGUCAGUGCAUGGGUAAAAAUGAGGUUCAGUGCACCACAAUGCACUGCUCAGCCAAUGAGGUCUGUAAAGUCAAGGAGGGGGUCAAAGGCUGCUUUCCUUUCGAACCUGCCACCUGCAGUGUGUAUGGUGACCCACACUAUAUAACCUUUGAUGGGAUGGCAUAUGACUUUCAAGGGGGCUGCAGUUACACGCUGACUACCACGUGCGGAGGAGAAAGCUCAGUGCAGUUCACUGUGAUUGGACACAACAUGCAUCUAGGCCAUACGAACUCCACUCCAUCCAAGCUGCAAGCUGUGGAUCUCCAAGUUGACGAUUUAUACGUCACACUGAAUCAGAGCGGGGAGGUCUAUGUCAAUAAAAGCAAAGUUCGACUCCCCUAUUCCACCAAUGGAUCGUAUGGCUCAGUAUGGGUCUACCUAAAGAACAAUUAUAUCAUCUUGGAAACAACCUUUGGCCUAAGAAUGAUCAUAGAUGCAAAGAACAGACUCUUCCUCCACGUUGAUGAACGCUACAAGUAUGAACUUUGUGGACUGUGUGGCACUUUCUCUGGACGUCAGGAUGAUGACUUCGUAACACCAGGGGGCCAAAAUGCAACUGGGCCAUUUGAGUUUGGUGACAGUUGGAAGUUGCCAGGCAAUAACGAGUGUGUUUCCCACCCAGAGGAUCCCAGACUAUGUAAUGAUGACGAGGAGAAUGAGGCCUACAAUGAGUGUUACACCCUACUAGGGGACGCUUUCAAGCCCUGCCAUGAAACAAUUCACCCAAGCAUUUACCUCAGCAGUUGUGUGUAUGACUACUGUGCCACACGUGGUGACCGACACACACUUUGUGAAUCUCUUAAGUCCUAUGCAGUGGCAUGCCAGGUUGCAGGAGUGGAGAUACCCCAUUGGCAGAUAGACACAGCCUGUGAUGACCUCACACCUACUACAACUCUUCCACCACCUACAACCCCUACUUCUACACCAGAUCAUACUUUCUGUCCCAUAAACUGUGACUUUGAAAAAAACCUUUGUGGGUGGGAGCAGCUUGUGCAGGACAGUUUUGAUUGGACAAGACAUUCUGGACCCACACCAUCAAGCUUAACUGGCCCAAACCAUGACCACACCACUGGAGCUGGUUUCUACAUGUAUAUUGACGGAAGAAGUGUAACCCAUGGAGAUUCAGCUCGUCUAUGGAGCUCAAUGUGCCAUUAUGAGGGACCACUCUGUCUGCACUUCUGGUACCAUAUGUAUGGUUCAGCUACAGCCAUGGCCCUUAAUAUCUACCUGCUGAAAGACAAUAAAGCUACUAAACUAUGGUCCACGAUGAACAACCAAGGACCAGAAUGGCAUCUAGGAUAUGCUGAUAUCAGAGUGUCUGGUCCAUUCCAAAUUUUAGUGGAGGGAAUUCGAGGUUCCGAUGCUAAAUCAGAUGUGGCCAUCGAUGACAUUUCCAUGAACUUUGGCUCAUGCUCAGGUAGCGUCCCUGGCCUGGUUAGUGGAACUGUAUUUCCCUCUUCAUCUGCACAAGUCCUCCCCUCACACCCAAUUUGCAAUAUAGACUGUAGCUUCGACAGCAGUCUUUGUAGCUGGAGUCAGAUGAUCACAGAUGCUUUUGACUGGACAUGGCAAAGUGGUUCCACCCCCACUCUGAUGACUGGGCCCUCUGCUGACCACACUGGUGAUGGUCGUUAUCUUUACAUCGAGUCCAACAGCGCAUCACAUGGUGACACAGCUCGUCUCAUCAGCUCUGAGUGUUCUGACUCUGGCCCUCAGUGUCUGCAGUUCUGGUACCAUAUGUACGGCUCGGCAGAUACAAUGGGCCUCCAUGUUUACCUGCUCCAGGACAGACUAGCAGAAGCAGUUUUUUGGAAGACUAAUGACCAGGGAAAUAUGUGGCAAAGAGCUCAGGUGGACAUCAGAACAGCUGGAGCUUUCCAGAUCAUCAUUGAGGGACGUAGAGGGUCCAAUGAAGAGUCUGAUUUGGCAAUAGAUGAUGUAAAGCUUUAUCGUGGUCGAUGCUCUGAUCUGAGUGGGGUUGACGUAACAAGUCCUCCCAAACCUAAUGGAAGCACAGCUUCUCCAAGUGUCGUUGUGCCAACCACUGCAGAUCCAGAGCCCCCUCUGGUCAAUGUGACUGCUCAGCCCCCUGUUACAACUCAGCCCCCUGUUACAGCUCAGCCCCCUGCAGCAAAUGUUACCAUACCUCCAGUAGUGGAAGCAACAACCGACUUCAAUAAGGACAACGUUACUGAAGCUCCAGAUAACAGACACCCAGUAUGCCAACUCGACUGCAACUAUGAACGAGAUCUAUGUCAGUGGACUCAACUUCUUACGGAUGUUAUCGAUUGGACACGGCAUAGUGGCUCCACUCCAACUAUAAUGACUGGGCCUUCUUCAGAUCACACCACCGGAGGUGGCCACUAUAUUUACAUCGAAGCCAACAGCGCAUCACAUGGUGACACAGCUCGUCUGAUUAGCUCUGAGUGUUCUGACUCUGGUCCUCAGUGUCUGCAGUUCUGGUACCACAUGUACGGUUCAGCAGAUACAAUGGGCCUCAAUGUUUACCUGCUCCAGAAUAGAUUAGCUGAUGCUGUUUGGUGGAAGAGAAAUGACCACGGAAAUAUGUGGCACCUGGCUCAGGUGGACUUGGCAACAUCUGGAGCUUUCCAGGUUAUAUUUGAGGGGCGAAUAGGUUCCACUGAUCAGUCUGAUGUUGCCAUAGAUGAUGUAUCACUUCAUCGUGGGCACUGCAGAGACCUAGCUCAACCAACAACUCCUGCUUCCACAACCUCCAACCCAGUUGCAACAGAGCUUCCACCAGAGAAUAAUUCAACACAACCAGCAUCAACAACUACCUUCACAACAACAAUUCCCACAACUACCUUCACAACAACAAUCCCCACAACAACAGUAGCUCCAACUGCUUGUGAUACACAAUCCCCUACGAAGCCAGAAACAACAACAACGCCACAGUUUCCAACAACCUCCACACCAGCAGAAACUACCACAACUGGACCUCAAACUACAGCUAGACCCAACCCACCGACAACAGAGCACCCAGGUAUUGAACCCUCAGAUCAACCAGAACCUGAAAUUACAGAAAACCCACAAACAACAGCAGGACAAGAGCAACCUGUUACGUCUACUACAGUAAGACCUCAUCCACCAACAACAGAAAGUCAAAAACCUACAGAUAAACCACAACCUCCUACUGAAACUCUACCACAGCCAGAAACAACAGCUACACCACGGCCACCACAAACAACAGUUACACCACAACCACCAACCACAGCUACAUCACAGCCACCACCAACAACAGUUACACCACAACCACCAACCACAGCUACACCACAGCCACCACAAACAACAGUUACACCACAACCACCAACCACAGCUACAUCACAGCCACCACCAACAACAGUUACACCACAACCACCAACCACAGCUACAUCACAGCCACCACCAACAACAGUUAAACCACAACCAACAACAACAGCUACACCACAGCCACCACAAACAACAGUUAAACCACAACCACCAACCACAGCUACACCACAGCCACCACAAACAACAGUUAAACCACAACCACCAACCACAGCUACAUCACAGCCACCCUAACAACGGUUAAACCACACCAAACCACAGCUACACCACAGCCACCACAAACAACAGUUAAACCACCAACCACAGCUACACCAAAGCCACCACAAACAACAGUUAAACCACACCAGAACCACAGCUACACCAAAGCCACCACAAACAACAGUUAAACCACAACCACCAACCACAGCUACACCACAGCCACCACAAACUACAGUUAAACCACAGCCAGAAACCACAGCUACACCACAGCCACCACAAACAACAGUUAAACCACAGCCAGCAACCACAACUACACCACAGCCACCACAAACAACAGUUAAACCACCAACCACAGCUACACCAAAGCCACCACAAACAACAGUUAAACCACCAACCACAGCUACACCACAGCCACCACAAACAACAGUUAAACCACAGCCAGAAACCACAGCUACACCACAGCCACCACAAACAACAGUUAAACCACAACCACCACAAACAACAGUUAAACCACAGCCAGAAACCACAGCUACACCACAGCCACCACAAACAACAGUUACACCACCAACCACAGCUACACCACAGCCACCACAAACAACAGUUAAACCACAGCCAGAAAACACAGCUACAUCACAGCCACCAUCAACAACAGUUAAACCACCAACCACAGCUACACCACAGCCACCACAAACAACAGUUACACCACAACCAACAACAACAGCUACACCACAGCCACCACAAACUACAGUUAAUCCACAACCACCAACCACAGCAGGACCACAACCUACAACAACUUAUAAACCGCAUUCGACAACAGUUAAACCACCAACCACAGCUACACCACAGCCACCACAAACUACAGCUACACCAUCAUCAGCAACAACAACUGCGAGACCACAACCACCAAUUACACCUGUACCAACACCCUCUUGUCCAGAGAACAGUCACUACACCACUUGUAUCCCUACCUGCAGUCCAACCUGCACACACCUGAAUGGUCCACCACAUUGCACUGAAGAUGAGGGUUGUGUGCAGGGAUGUGUAUGUGAUGAAGGCUUUGUUCAGAAAAAGAGGGUUUGUGUGCCGAUCCAACAAUGUGGAUGUGUGGACAGGAAUGGCACCAAAUAUGAUUUCUCUGAUGUGUGGUACACCAAUCACUGCAGUCAGAAAUGUGAAUGUGAGAAAGACCAUGGUGUGGGUAAGAUUGACUGCGAUGAUAAAGAUGAGUGCGAUGGAAAUGCUGUUUGCCUUCAAAAUGAUGAAGGGAAUUAUUACUGCCAGUCUACAGGCUUCAGUGAGUGCACUAUCAGGGAAGACCCUGAAUACAGAACAUUUGAUAAAAUGAAACAUGACUUUGAGGGUGACCAUUCAUAUGUGCUGGUCCAGACCAACAACUUGCCAAAUAACCUUCCACAUGUCUACAUCGAGAGCAUCAAUACCGUACAGGAUGAGGAUGAUAGUCAUGAACAUGAAGACAGCAGCAGUGAAGAAGACCACAGUCGCAGAGUUAGGGAUGAUGAUGAAGAUGACCAUGAUAAUGACCAUGAUGAUGAUGAUGAUGAUGAUAGCAAACAUGAUCACUCAAGUGAAGAGGACAAGGAGCACCACAGCUUACAAGAGCUUAAGAUCAGAGUGUAUGAUCAUACUGUGCUAUUAAAGAAGAACCGGAGGCUGGUUGUGGAUGGAAGGAUAACCGAUACUCCUGCCUCACCGACUGCUGGGCUAAAAAUCUGGGAACAUUCAUCUCGCAUCUACCUAAAGACCGACUUUGGCCUCUUGGUGGAGUUUGAUGGCAAGGGCAAAGCAGGUAUCAUUCUACCCCGCAUGUAUAAAAGGAAGGUUGGGGGCCUGUGUGGGAACUUUGACGGUAAAAAAGAGAAUGACAUGAUGAAGCCAGAUGGUACCAGGGCCAAGAAUACUCAGGAGUUUGGAGAGAGCUGGAGAGUUUGAAAAACAGGUGGACGUUGGGAUAAGGCAUGGUACAUAAAAAUACUCUGUGGAAAUGUUGACCACUAGUUGUAACUCAAGCUCAAGUUGAUUAAUUAUUAAAUAAGAAUUUCUUCUUUUCGAAGAAGAAGAAAUCCUUGUAUUCUGCAUGAUAUCUCAGAUUUGUUCUCUGUGUCAUUACAAAGCAUACUAAUAAUGUUCUUACAGGGGUUCAUAUUCAAUGUAUAGUUAAUGUAUGAUUAAAAAAAUAUGUAUCAAUAUCCAAUAUUGUUGGAAAGACACUUUAUGUAACUUUUACCUGUUCAUAAUGUGUAGUUGAAUGACAAAUGACAAAGUACUGUGGUUACAUUGGUGUAGCCUUUAGUCUAGACAUUUCAGUCUCAACUGCAUUCUUGACAUUUAUACAGUCUGUGUCUGAUAAUUACAGCAAGAAAAAAAUAUUUACACAACUUCUGUAACAUGAUAUUAUUCUUUGAGGAUAAAGGCAGAUGUAUUUUGUGUGAAGACAAUAGGAUUAUUAUCGUCACGAGAGUAUCUAUAAAAAAGCUGUCGUGACACUCAGCAGCCACAGUCAUGGGUCUGUUUGCAUUUUGCUGCUUUGUCCUGUUGAGCUUGUUAGCUUUCUAUAAUGGUGAGUAAAAAACUAUAAUUUAAUAUUGAACAGUUUACCAAAGUAAUGUCAUGGUAAAAUUGACUUAAUUUGUUUGUUUUUUCAGUUUCUUGUUGAUAGAAGAUUAAGUAUACACAGUAACAACAAUUGUUUUAAUCAUGACCUCCUAGUUCAUAGUUGUUUGACCUGAUUGUAUUCAGCCAAAUAAAUAAACAAAUAAAUAAUUCAAAUAUUA